GCUGAUCGCCCGGCGAAACAUGCGGAGUCCACGAGACGUCAGUCUCGAGCUUCGCAGUCUUCUUACAGUCGUUCCACGAGUUCGACAUAAAUGUAUGCUGUAUACUAAUGCAUUUCGUCGAUGAUUCUUUAAUUUAUUCAAUAUACGCAAGUCUAAUCGAAGACAGACUGAAGAUAGAACCUCCGGAAUAGGUUAUGUGAUCUUGUAUUUUACGUUGCUUGUAUAAAUAGUUACAUCAGAUUAUUAGAGCGACUAUGGGCUUUCGGGAAGAAACCACGGAGCCGGACUCAGAUCACGCAAUUGCAGGCGCUGCCAGUGGAUUUAUAACGAGGUUUCUAUGUCAACCUUUGGACGUCAUAAAGAUUAGAUUUCAAUUGCAAGUUGAACCAAUUUCGAGGAGCAAAUAUACAUCUAUGUCGCAAGCUUUCAUGCUAAUUUUAAGAGAAGAAGGUCCUGGUGCAUUAUGGAAAGGUCACAUACCCGCACAAUUACUCUCGGUUGUCUACGGGAUGACUCAGUUUUAUUCCUACAAUAUAUUCGUGAAAAUGCUUCAACGAGUUCCGCAAAUUGAGCACUGGUCUCACACAAUGAAUUUUGUCGCUGGUGCUGGUGCCGGCAGCGUGGGGACGAUCAUUUCGUUUCCUUUCGACACUAUCCGAACCAGAUUAGUGGCCCAAUCGAGUAAUCAUCAGGUGUACAAUGGAAUUUUGCAUUCCUGCAGCAUGAUUCUUCGACAGGAAUCGCCAAGGGUUUUCUUUUCCGGUCUGUUACCGACCUUACUGCAAAUUGCCCCACACACCGGCUUGCAAUUCGCGUUCUAUAAACUCUUCACGGGUUUCUAUAAGAGGUACACCUCCAGUACCGAGACCAAUGUCUAUAAUUCCAUGUUAUCUGGCAGCGCCGCCGGACUCGUGGCGAAGUCAAUUGUGUAUCCCUUCGAUCUCACUCGAAAGAGAUUGCAGAUACAGGGCUUCCAGCACGGUCGCGAGGGAUUCGGCAAGUUUUUCCAAUGCAACGGCUUGCUGGACUGCUUGACAGUGACGGUAAAGGAAGAGGGUAUGCGAGGUCUAUUCAAGGGCUUAGUGCCGAGCCAGGUGAAAGCCGUUACGACGUCGGCUUUGCAUUUCACUGUGUACGAACAAGUUUUAUUACUGUUAAAGAUGUUGCGAUAACAGAAGUUCAAAUGAAGAGAUCAUAUCGCUCAUUUGCUAUAAUAACGACACAACUCAAAAGACAGUUUUCUAGAAAAUGAAAUAGAAUAUUUUGAAUUAAUUAAAAUUUUAUAUUUUAAUUUUAUAAUGCAAUUUUGAUGUAAUACAUACCGCAGAUUGUAGAGGAAAAAAUUAUGCUUCUUUUUCUUUCUACAAGCAAUUGAAAAAAAAAAGACAAUUUCCGAGUUUUGUCGUUGCCUUAACAAAUGAGCGAUAUAUAAAGUGUUUUGAAAACAUUAAUUUGUAUAUAUUAAUUUGUACCUUAGACUUUGAAAGACUGAUUUCUAACUGAUAUAACUACACUAUAUACUCUUAAAUUACAUAAAUUGUAUUAUAUACACGUAUAAAUCGAAAAUACAAAUUGUAUGUU